UUACAGAUUUUAUUCAUGUGCUGAUAAUUUAUUUGUUUCAAGUGCAAAAAUUAUUUGAUUAUAAGUCUUAAAUUCUUAAUAAUAUUGACCAUCCAUCAAAUUUUGAUUAUCUAUAUAAAUUAUCAAAGCUUUUAAAUGACAACUAAUUAUGCACUCCUUGGAUACAACAUCUGAUGGAAUGGAGGACAACUCUAAUGAAAGAAGCAACCUUGCUAGCAGCCCCAGUGCUGAAGUGCUGAAGAGUGUUGAGGAUAGCUUAAAAAAACUUCUGACAGCAAGAGGAAAUGAAGAGCUCAGUGGUAUCCUUGUGCACAAAUUCUCUUCGAAUUCCUUCUUCCUGCCCGCCAGUAAGCUUCCUCAUCCUGGUGCUGAAGAAGUGUCUCUGCAAUACUUUUUGCGUAAAGUGAGUGCGGCUGGCAAGUCUAAGAACUCAAAUAAACUACACAAGCAAAAAGCGCACGACAGAACCGGGGUUUCAGGGGAUCUGGUGGCUGGAGCAAAGACUCUGGUGGAUCUCAAGAAAGUUAAAAUUGGAAAUCUGGAAUGCAGUGAGACUUGGGAAAUUGUGUCAAUUGACAAGAAUCUUCCAGAAAUUAAAUUAAAACUUGAGUUGAUAAGCCCUGUGGAAAACCAAAACUAUGGUGUCUCCAUCCAAGACCCUAUUGAGGCUCAAAAGAUAUUGGAAGGUUUGGACAUACACUUGCUACUCAACAUAAUUCAAAACGGCAUGCUGCAGUUAAAUCUCAGUCCUGCAGAGGCCCAAGUGGUGCAGGCACUCAGGAUUUGCCGCAACCAACUCAGCCACUCAGUCAAGGUCCCUCAGCCUGACUGGCUAAACGAUGUGGCGGCUGUACUGAAGGAAGCCCUGCUGUGUUUGGCACAACCCACUCAACAGGAGCUUAUAGAGCAAGAAAUCACUUGCAUUCUCAAGCGGCUCAGUAGUGAAACACUCAUAGGCGAGCUGCAAGCGGAGCUGCGGCGCCGGGCACCUCGCAAGGCUUUCAUUGAGCGACGCUUCCUGCUGCCCUCAGGGAGGGAGUGCACUACAUCGGAGCUGCACGGGAUGUUGAUGGGAGGGCUGCGGGUUAGAGGGGAAGUGUGCAGCGGCCGCACGUCUUUCCUGCUGCAGCUCUACGCCGCGUGGGCGGAACCUUCCUCAUCCCUGGCAGCGAAGUUCAGACUCUGCCUGCCGCCCCUCAACCAGCUGCCUGCUGAUGAUAAGUACCCUGUGAUGGCUGUGGUGCGGCAGUGGGCCCCCUGCACGGUCCAGGACUACGGUGAGGCGGAAGUGGAGGCAGUUGUGCUGGCGAUGCUCGGGGAGACGCUGGUGCUGGUGGACGCUGUGAGCGGCUACGACCGCUGGCCCUGCGCUGCCAGCAGCGGCUGGGUGGUCACAGAUGGCAUCCUCAAUGCUGAUCUUAAUGUGCGUGCAGUGGCUGACGUGUUGCACAAGGAGGAGUUGUCGGUGACGUUGCUGCCCCUGACGGAAGAACAAGUGCGGGAGGAGGUGCGUGGUUGGAACUCCCGACACAGCACGCAGUACAGUUUACUGCAGCAGUUCCAGGACAAGGAACUGCUCACGUGUCCCCACGCUCUCUCAAUAUUCCAACGCAUUACGUCUACUGUUGUACGGAACCUUGAUUUGCAGGUCAUGAGAGAGCUCGUCGAAACUAGCCAUCAACGCUUGACUCGUGAUAAAGAUGAUUCACUAGAUGGAGAAUUCUACUACGAAGCUGCCUUCAACAAUAUCCUAGCAAACAAACAAAUCAUCGAACACAUCAAUGGACGCCAAGUUCCAGCUUACGUUGUGGGCCCUCGCAAUGGUUCUUUUUACUUCAAAUCUCUCGGCGUUGAAGAAUAUUGCGCCGCGAUGUACGUAGUGAACAACCCGCACGUAGCUUCCUGGCGGUGGCUAAGACACUCGCUCAGAUUCCAAAGAGUUUUUACGUUCGUCUUACAGUAUUGGAACGAACGCGGACUCUUGCAGAAACACCAGAACAUCAUAGAGAAUUAUCUUUCUGUUGUGCUGGGCUUAUAUCGCUAUAAAAAUGUGAGAAAUGAUUACAGCAACGCCAAGCACUGGAGAACUCAACGACCUCUGGACUGGACGUUGGAGCAAGAAGGCUUCGUACGCGUAAAUUACUCGAAAUGUAAGCUCUGGCUGCAUAUAUUCUACGUGCUGGAGUCCGCGAGUGGCGAUCUGAUGGCCGUGCAGCUGGUGCUGCGACACCUGUUGCAGUACACCUGCUGGAUCCUGGACGUCAAGUCCUUCAGCGACGCCGCUUACGAGGAAUUCAGUCGCCUGUGCCACAAGAUUGUGGCGCUCUUCAGUAAGCAGGGGUCCGUGGAGACGCUGGAGCGACUACCACUGAUGAAGCUGAACUACCGAUGCAACCUGGACACGCUCAAAGGCCUCGACCUGCUGCUGCAGGCGCUGUGCUGCUUGCUGCAGCUAAACAAACCCUGCCAAGUUAUGAUCACUGAGUACUACAACCGACGGGACUACAAGUACGGCCGCGCCCCGCUGGUGAACUGCCUUAAAGACGUCGCCCGACGUCUGCACGAGUCACGGCUCAGCGUCACCUCCUUCGUCGGUCCUCUCGCCCUGCCGCCCGUCUCACUACAGGAAGGCGGGUUUUCUUCACUGAAGGAACUGCGCGUGACGGUCUAUAGUUGCAACAGUGUUCAGACCCUCCUGCAGUCGUGUCCUCAGACCCUGCGCUGGCUCAACCUCAGUGUAGACCUCAUCAAGACUCCACACGGUGACAGUGCGCAGUCUUCCUAUAAACCCCCACAAGACAACAUCGUCCAAGACCCUAGCAAGCCCUCACAUAGCAACGCCUUACAAGCCCACGGCCACGUGGCAGACCAGCCGUGCGCCGUGCCGCCCUCCUGCUACGUCAGACUCGCGCUGCGUUACCCGGGUGCCCUGCAGGUGAUGUCGCUGUUCUCUGGUGUACGCGAGUUGCGCGUGCUGCGCCUACACGGCAUCCACCCUCCUGACGCGGGGGUCGCCGCGCCCUCCGUGCCCUCCAGCCUGCACGUGCGCUGCCUCGUCCUGAAGUUCGUGAGUGACUACGGCGUGAAGCACCAGCCUCAAGUGGUGCGCAGCUGGUGCUCGAGCCUCCUCUCCAGCCUCACGAGCAGCUGUGGCUCUUUCUCGCGUCUCAUUGUGGCGCGACCUCCGGCACCUUGGAGCCUCACAGAGAUCCAGUCUCAGCUGCGGCAGGAGGCGUUGCAGGUGCAACGGCUGAUAGUGCAAGGAGGAACCGUCUCGGCCGAGGAGGCCCUUACCUGCCUUAGAGCUGCUGGGGCGCAGCCACUAAGUCCAGCUGCCCACGAAGGCGCCCCGCUAAGGGCACGUCUCCCUCAGGAACGUCUUGACGCCCUCAGGAAGCACAAGCCCAGCGGCCACGAGCUGCUCAUCAUCAACGUAACUGAGGGCGCCGAUGUCCGCGAGUUCUCUGAGGGUAAUCCUGAGGGGCUGCCCCCUCACUUCGCGUCCCUCGUCCAAGCCGCCUACGAGAGCGCCCUCGUGUCGUUCUGCUACGAGGCGCAGGAAGGCGCCCUGGAGGUUCUGCUGGCGCCUACCCGCGACCUGCGCCUGCACCUGACCUGCCUCGACAUGCGCGACCAGCACGUGGAGCAAUUGCAUCAGGUGCAGCGAACGCAGCAGGUGCAGCAGGUGAAAGCUGUACUGCAGCUGCUGUCACGCGCUCAGUAUGUGAUGCUACGAUGCCCUCAUCUCACUGCACGAGGCUUCAUCGCCCUCAUCACCGCCCUGGACGCCGUGAGGGGCGGAGGUGCUCAGCCCUACAGCAUCACCCUCAUCACUACUUUGCAGGUGCAGGCGCCUCCUGCCCUGCAGGAGCAGGUGCAGUCUCCUCCUACACUGCAGGAGCAGGCGCAGCUGUUGAAGAAGCACUUGCUCAAGCUGCCGCUGCUCAACUACGCCUGCUUCUGCGUGCUGGACGAGCAGGGGGCCCCGCGCUUGACCGUCCGGCGCACGCACGGAGGGGAUUUGAAAAUUAAUUAGUUUUUACUAGCGCCCUCAUAAAACUGGCAGAUAAUGUAUAGUGCGUCGCCCUAAUGGAACAUUCAUUCUUGGUAGUAGUUGUAGGUUUCUAGCGCUACAGAAAAUCUUAAUCUAUUUCGCGCCGAAGGUCAAACUCUCAUUACAUAGCGUCGUCGUUCUCGAGUUGAUCAGACUUAUAAUUUAGUUCACUCGGACGAUAAUGGAGGUUGUAGUCAGUUUUGUACUCCUAAUGCGGAUGUCCGCUCGCAGAUUCCCAUCGCUCAGUUGAGCGGUCAAGGUACGAUGUCGCGAGGAUACGGCUGGGUCGCGAGGUUAGUAUGCGUGGUAUCAAGUUGGUGUACUCAAGGCAGGUCUAGAGUUCUCGGAGCAGGUCACAUUGUGUCUUCGAAAAUUGUGUCUUCGAAAUGUUCUUGUUCUUGUUGGAGUUAGAAAUAAAGGAACGGGCGAGGGUAGUGUCGUCCACUGCUAAUAUCAGCGACGUAUUGGGCCAGUUCCGUAGCCAACACCUGCAGGUCUGUCGUCGGCGCGCCGUUGAUCCUCAGAUACGGUCGGUAAAGCCCUGUCUUCCUGAUGCGUUGCCAUAUUUUGGGCAUGGGGUGUUUCAGAGUUCAGCGAGUAGACAUAGCGCUUCCAGGCUUCUUUCCGGGUUGUGUUUUUAAUGUAUUGGGCGAUUGCUCUUACUCUUUUAUAUGCUAUUUUAUCAACAAUGUUGCCAGCGCGCUGAAAGGGCUUAAGGCCCGUUUUCUUUCUAGGUUUGCGCAAGUGCAGUCAUCGUCCCAUCAUGGGACACGGUGGCGGUCUGUUCCUACUUUGGAGCGAGGGAUCGCUACAUUCGCUGCCAUUCGGAUGGUGUCUGUAACGUCUCUUGUCAUUUCGUCUACUGGCAAGUCCAGUUUUGGUUCCGGCAUGCGGGUUAGUGCUCUAAAGGUCUUCCAGUCGGCUCUUUCCGUGAUAUAUCUGGGCUCAGUUGGUAAGGUCUGGCGUAUCGCGAAGUCAAUCUGUGUAGGGAAGUGGUCGCUGCCAUACGUGUCGCUCAUCACCGACCAACUGGCGUCGUUGACAUGUCAGCUGUGAACUUUGGUUACACGUUCCAGGGAGCGAACUCUAUAUUAUCGCUAUUAUUUCUUGGCAAAAGCCUCAGCUCCUUGCCUGCUGGAUCCUGCCCACAACAGCGCCCCCCGAUUGUGCACUGGUGCGUUCCAAUCUUUGCUAGUCCUCAGUCUUUACGCUGAUAGCGGAGAGCUCCCACUAAGCGCAAGAAGAGACCUCCAUAUACUGCAGUACCUUGCAAGAGCCCAACAGCUACCAAACUCCCCCUCUUGCCUGGGCAUUAGACACCAAUGGAACGCGGGGGCCUGUCGAGUGAAGGAGUCUUUCGAAUCGCGAGGCCUGUGCCCGUCUGCAUCUUACUGUGCAGACUAAACCCAUUAGCUUCUGCAACACCCCUCGCUGGUCGCUUUUCCCCUCCAUGGUCUGCCCUGGGCUUUAUGCAGAGCAGAAAAAGCGAUCCCUAAACUGAUGACAUUAGGUCUCUGUUCCUCGAUGACAUCAGCGCAUGUCACAGACGUGAUAUGCCCAUUACAUCGAUGGCUCCAAAGACGAUAGUAUAGUUGGAUGCGCCGCGAGGAGCUCGCUGAAGUUACAUGGCUAUUCCUAAAUAUUUACUGCACAGCUAUGCGGCAUUCUAUGUGCCAUUGUAAUUAAUAAGGAGAGCACGGACCUGGAGAUCUGUAUAUUCGGCGACUCAAAGAGUGCCAUCCAAGAGCUAUUGCAUUACAACUCGUCGCAUCCCUUGGUGACCGCCAUGUAUAGAUGGCUUAUCCUACUCAGUGCACGCGAAAGACUGUUACAUUCUGCUGGGUCCCCGGCCAUGUUCAAAUAGCAGGCAAGAAGCCGCGGAUGAGAUUUUACUCCGUGCAGCGGCUGAAGAGACGCCACAUCGGAAUGAUGAAGUACCCCACCGGGAUCAUUACCCCAUCUUCCUCAAGAAACUACUGGACGAGUGUCAGGGAGAGUGGACGCGCCUCGAAAAUAACAAACUCCGACAAAUGAAAGAGAAUGCAAGGCCUUGGCCGUCCUCGUCUCGCCGCGUGCGCCGGGUGGAGGCAUGCCUCACCCGCCUUCGCAAAGUAUCUUGGCCCAACCAAAACAUGGCCAUUAUAAUGUUGAUCGACUCAUAGAAUACCUGAGGACAAUAAAUGUGUUCGAUAGUGUAUAACCCGGCAUGUGAUGUACCCUUAUCUCCGUCCAUGAUGCCCAACGCGACAUUCAGCGCGAGAUAGCUUGAUCUGAAGCGCUAGCACCUAAGGCCACUAAAACAAACAUCUAUUAUUUCUUCUUCGAUCUUGUUAAAGUGGCAUAUAUUAGAGCUGGCAGGAUGUUGCAGUUGGAGCAUUUGACGGGAUGCAUGCACGGAGUGUCAUGUUGCUUAUUAUUGCUAGUGUUUGCUCACUCUGACACGCCGUCGAUUUGCGAUUAAUCAGAAUAGAGAAAUUUAGAAACACCAGCGUUUUCCACGGCGGCCUCACGCUAUCUUCCUCAGCCCUGAUUCAUGAAUUGUUUUAUAGUCGUCCAUAAUCGGCCACAACUCGUUAGUUGAGUUUAAUCAUUGUUGAUCAGUCAUAAUUGUAAAUGAAAUAUUUUUAGCCCGAAGACCCUACACAUUUACGACAUUUUAGAAGAAAAUCCAGCUGUUAUUAUUUUCUAUUUACUUCCUAGUCAAGGUGAGAGGCUUGUGAGUUUAUUCAAGUCAAGGUGAGUUUAUUUCUGAGGCUUCAAUGUUCAUCAGUCGAAGGUGUGAUGUGUUGGUCAACCUGCUAUGAGUUAUUGUUAAGAAUUUUAAUUUAUUUGUUUGGAAAUUGCACGUACUGUUACUUUUCCCGGCCUGUUUUCCCUGUAGGGGGAGCUUGGACUCCUCCCCAGUUUCUACUGCCAGUUACUUUAUUUCAUCCCACGAUUAUCCCAUUAUUAAUUGACAAAAAGUCUACACUUAUUGGCGUGAAAUUACAUGAUAAAUUAUUGCAACUCUGUCAGAUAUUUUAUUGAAGAGACACUCUUUAAAAUUUUACGUAAUUUUUCUACAUUUUGUAAUGAUGAUUCAAUUAUUAUUUUCAAGUCUUUAUGCCGUUAUCUUCAUGCGUAAGAAUAAUUCACUCAGUGAUUUUAUUGUAUACUGGAAUAUUUAAAAUUUAUAUAUGGACGGGGGAAGGUUAUUUUCAAUGCAAGUGCCUUACUAUGAACUUCAACUGCAAACGUCUUUUAAAGAUGGUAUCAUAACCAGUUACACACAGACAGUGUUAUCCCGAUUUUAUUUUCUCAUUUAUUUUUCUGUAUGAAAAUAUCGGUUACUAUUUUAUACACGUGAUGCAUCGGUCACUUUAAAUAUAUUGACCUAAAAUUUCGUCUCUAUAAACAUAGUGACCGAAAAUAUUCGUCACUACAAAUGUGCCAAGCUUUUGUGCGCGAGAAGAAAGUUGUGUUUUUUACAUUGUUGCGUUAUUGUUGUGUGUGCAUUGCUAGGAAUUUUUAUGAUAAAUUUGUGGGUAAAUUAUAUGAUAGAAAUCAGUAAGUUAAUUGGGAAGUUCGAUCUAUAUGAAAAUUCUGGUCUUAAAUAAUAUUUUGAUACAAUAAAAGAAACAAAUUCAA